GUGACUGAGCUAGAGUGUGUGAGCAGUCAAGCCAAUGCUGUCCACACACAUAAAACAGAAUUAAACCAGACAAUACAGGAGUUAGAGUCUACGCUGAAGAAAAAAGAAGAGGAAAUAGAAGGACUGAAACAAGAAAUCGACAAUGCCAGAGAGCUCCAGGCACAGCGGGAUUCUCUGACCCAGAAGUUACAGGAAGUAGAAAUUCGAAACAAAGACCUGGAAGGCCAGCUGUCUGAUCUAGAGCAACGUCUGGAGAAAAGUCAGAAUGAGCAAGAAGCUUUUCGCAAUAACUUGAAGACACUCUUAGAAAUUCUUGAUGGAAAAAUAUUUGAACUCACAGAGUUAAGAGAUAACUUGGCCAAGCUAAUAGAAUGCAGCUAAAGAAAAUAGGAUCUCAGUGCCAAUCAGCUUAAAGAUGCACUAUCUCUCUUCAUAGGACUGUGUUGGGGUCUGCAUCAAAGUUGCACAAAAUUAGAAAAUGCUCCUCUGAGAGGGCUUGUUUUAAAUUUGAGUCGUAUUUCAAUGUAAAAUUUAGAACUCAGCUUGUAGCUAGUUGAAGAAAAAAAACAAAAACAAACGAACAAACAAAAAAACUUGAAAUACAAAUUACCUCCUUGUACAUUAUUGGCCAUAGAUAACUUGAAAGAUAUUAACAGUAGUCGAAUGCAAUCCUUUUUUAAUUAUCAGCGAUGGAAGAAUUAGCAGUGUCCCAGGUCACAUCCCCUUUUUGUGAUAGACACAGUAUAGGUUAUCUGCUGUUUUAUUUAUUUAAGAUAUUUAAUUGCUGUGUUUUGUGCAAGAACUUAGUGAUGACAGCCCUGUAUUUUGUUGUUCUUAAUAAUUUCUCAGGAUAUGUUGCACUGUGGAGCAGCAGUGCCAUUACCAAUUUAUUCUUGCCUGGAGUGAGAGAGAGUUGCAUCUUUAAUUGAAACAAAGUUACUAUAACUGCUUGUAUAAAGUUCUUCCUUUUGGGGAUUUUUUUGGUUGGUUGGUUGGUUGUUUUUCGGUUUUUUUAUAUAUAUAUAUCUACUGGAAGAUACCUUAUUUCUUUAUGGAGCUUACUCUGGUGUUCUACAAUAUUGUCCAAUGUAAGGUUUACUUUUUCAUAUGAAUUCCAUGUAGUUACAGUGAGAUGCUAUCUUCCACUUAACCAUAUUUUGAAGCCAACCA